AAAUAAUUGUGUUUAUUUCUUCAUUUAUAUCGAAUUUUGCACUAAGGAUACCCCUCAACUUUCUGCUGAAAGCCAAAGGUUCCAUCGGUGCCGAAAGGUAUGUAAUUCGUAAGGCAAGCUAAAGAGGUCAAGAGGCCAAGGGCCCAAGGGAACAGUUAUAAACGCUCUUUAGCGAUCGACACGUCACCCUCUGUUGUCAAGAACAAUUAAACUUAACUACAGUUGUUAAUUUAACUGCUGGCUCAUGGAUGAGGACCUAAAUGCUCUUCAUGUCCCCGUGGAUACUGCAGCAAACUUUGAGAAUAUGGGUAUAGUUGCUAUGUUCAUUCAGCUCGUUUCGUGGAUAUCAUCUGCUGCAAUGGUUAUCGGCGGCGUUGUUCCUUAUGUACCGCAGUAUUGGGACAUUUGGCAGACUCGAGAUGCCGAAGGAUUUUCAAUGCACGUUUGUUUAGCGUUAGUUGUUGCCAACAUAUUAAGAAUUUUCUUUUGGUAAGUGUUUUGAGAUGACAUAAUUUUCUCACCGUUGUGCGACAAACGUAGAUUGCAGACUUCCAGACUUGCAGGUGAACAAGGUAAACAUAAUGCUCCUACAGGUUCCGUAUCCCUAAACUAGACUUUUAGAAGACUUAAAGUUUAGCGAUAGGGAAUCUGUGAGAGCAUUUCACAACAAUGUUUACCUUGAAUGAGGUUUGUGAUGCACCAAUUACUAACAACCACGGUGGUACAAAUAGUUUGACUCAGUAAAUCGACAUUAUUGCCCGAUGAAGACCUGCAGUGUGCAGUCGAAAUAUAGCAAUCAACAUCAAAGUGACAAUCGUGAGGAAAAUGAUAAAACUAAACCCUUCAUAUGCACUAUCCUUGAAGAUUAAUGUCUUUCAUGACAAUGUUUACCUUGUCUACCAGCCAGUCUGCGAGAGUGCAUUCUACUUUUGUCACACACCAUUUUCUCACAGCAUUGCAAAUAAAUUAAGCUACUUAAUGACUGUGUCCAUUGGUUACAACUAAGGAAACCAUUAUUGUGUUUAAACCACCAGAUAUAGAUUUAUCUUGCUAGUGGAUAGUGUUAUCCACUUUUUGAACUGGCAACAGGACUGUUACCCUGCUUGAACUGUAAGUCCCAACAAGGAAAGAAAUCUUGUAUGUUCUUUGUUUGUAAAACAAGAACAAAUAUGGCCCUACCCUGUACACAUAGUUAUAAUACUAAUUGGAAGAGAUUAUACUAGUGAAACCAUUAAAGAAACAUAAUAUCAUUUUUUAAAUAAUUUUUGGUAGGUUUGGACGUCAUUUUGAACUGCCACUAUUAGCUCAAAGCUUUAUCAUGAUUGCUGCUAUGAUGAUGAUGUUACAUCUUUGCACCAAAAUCAGAAGAGAGAAUGAUUUGAGUGCAAAGAAAAGAUCCUUUUUCGGUGAGUAAACUGAUGAACAAGUUGCUAGAAUGAUAAUGUUCAAUUAUAAUAAUUUUCUUAAUUAAGAAAAUAUGUUUGAACAGACACUUGCAUUAGCGGACAGCACUACUGUAGCCUUGGCUAGAAUAACAAAACCAUUUAUUUAAUUUUUUUGGUGAACUGCUUUUGUAAUGGACGCUUUUUCUGUUUCCCAAGGAUUUCAUCUUACAUAAAGUACAUAAAUUAUCUGAUUUAAUUAAAUUUUAACAUAUUAAUUUUGUUCCUGUUUUUUCUUCAGAUUUUCACAGAAGACACUUUUGGGACUGGACGCACUUUUCAGAUUAUGUGCUAUGUGUACUGAUAUUCAUUGCAGUUGGUGGUUACAUCACAUACUUGUUCCUGAGCUUUACUGCAUUUGUAGAGCUUAUAGGAUUCCUAGCAGUGUUUACAGAGGCUAUGCUUGGAGUCCCUCAGUUUUACAGAAAUUACAUCAAUCAGUCAACCAUGGGAAUGAGGUACUUUUCAAUAACUCCAACCAUCUUGGUCUCUCAAUCAUAACAGUUCCUUUAUAGGGGUUGUUCUUUAAAGACCUUAAUAAUGUUUUACAAAGUUUAAUUUUGUUUUAAGAGGACAAACUUUUACAAUAAGUUUUAAGGAACUUCAUAAUCAAAAAUGACUUUAAACUCAAUAUAAUAAAUUAUAUUCCUUGAAUAUAUUCCUAUUAUAUACCGGUAUGUUACAGGUCAAAAUAAAAUUCAGGUUAAAAUUUAUUAACUUAGGUUUAUUCUCAAUUUCCUUUGUCUUCCAACCCUGAUUAUUCAUGAAUUAGGGCUAGGAGGCAAACCUGAAUUUAAUUUGGACCUAUAAUACAUACCGGUACCUUGGUGGAGUGAGUGGGAGGGAGAGGGAGGAGGAUUACUAGACCCAAUUUUUGUGCAGGAAGGCUCUCCAUAGAGGCUUAAUCCCUUUCUCUUUCUGACAGAAAAGACACCCGCUGUCAUACUCUGAGCUCAUUAAUAUCAUUAACAUUAUAUUUAUUAUUCAAUUCAAAUUGUGACAGGCCCUUUUGAAAUGUACAGAAAUUCUGUCUUUCAGGUACAUUUAUUCUUUACCCUUUCAUAAUACAUACACCUAAUUGCAAUAACGUUGACAAAACAAAAGGAAAAAGCCAAAUAGGAAUUAAAUAGGCUAAUUAUUAAUUAAGCCACAUUCUCAUGGUCGAUUCAUUUGCAGCCGUUGCAUUUCUUCGCUAGAAUUUUCAGUUUUAUUGUCUUUCAGCUUUAAAACAAUAGCAAAUUCCAACAGGGAAAUACGAUGUCCAAAAUAAAUUUAUUAGGCUUAUUAGUGUAAUUAAUUCCUAUUUGGCUUUUUCCUUUUUUUCAUUUUUCUUUGACAACGUUUUUGCAAUUAGGUGUAUGUACUUCAAAUGGUGAAAUCCCUACCCCUUUAUAUAGCUGAAGCCUGAAAAAUACCCUCCCCAAGACAUGCAGCCUGUUUUUGGGAUAUUUAUAAAUGGUAAUAGGACUGAGUGGAGUCCAAUUAUUCAGUCUGUAAUCAUAAGAGUGAUUUUAAAACAAAAUCAGACGACUGCAUAGAGGGAGUCCAAUUUAUUUAAUCACGAGUAUGAUUACAGACUGAAUUGGACAAUAUGAAGUUCUAUUACCAAUUAAUCAUAACUAUAACAAAUUCUGUGAUAUUUUAGGUUUUUUAAAACUUAAAACACAAGAAAUGCUGUGAGUUUUUUUUUUUGUGAGCAGUGAAAAAAGCCAUUUAAGUGUGCACAAUGGCACAUACUGUCCAAUUACUUAGGCGUAACAUGUACUGUCCUAUUACACUGUCUUAUAAUGCUGAAAUCAGGACAGUUGAUAGCCAAUAAGAUUUGAGAAUGUUAUUAUAGUUAUGAUUACUAGGAAAAUAUCAUAUUUCACUUAAUGUGCUUCCUAAACCAUGUGAUAAUUUUAUUAUAUUUUGUAUCAACUUGUAGCCGCAUUUCUGUCUUCCUCUCUUUGUUCACAGUGUAAAGAUGGUUGUGAUGUGGUUAUCAGGAGAUAUAUUCAAAACUUGUUACUUCAUUGUCAAAGUUGCUCCAAUUCAGUUUUGGAUCUGUGGAAUGCUCCAGAUAUCUAUUGACAUUGCAAUACUUUUUCAAGUUCGAAAGUAUCGCACACAAGAAAGAACUCAUUUAAGAUGACUGUAAAAAUACUGGUAUUAUAGCUAACGGUAGGGGGAUAGACAAUCUGAAAC